GCGCUCUUGGGACAAGCCGGGGAUUCCCCGCCACCGCCCGCCCCCUGGCGUAACGGAGUCCGCACAAGGCCCCGCCCGGGCCUGGCGCCGUCCUGGGCGAGAGGAACGCGCCGAGAGGCGGCAGAGCGCGGCCAUGGCUGGGCCCGGCGUCCCCGGCGCCCCCGUAGCCCGAUGGAAACGCCACAUUGUGUGGCAGCUGCGUCUUCGGGACCGUACGCAAAAGGCGCUCUUCCUGGAGCUGGUGCCGGCCUAUAACCAUCUCUUAGAGAAGGCUGAGCUGCUGGACAAGUUCUCAAAGAAGCUGCAGCCGGAGCCAAACAGUGUCACUCCCACCACCCACCAAGGCCCCUGGGAGGAGUCAGGGCUUGACUCAGACCAAGUCCCAUCACUGGCCACACUGAGGGUGAAGUGGCAGGAGGAGGAAGAGGGGCUCCGGCUGGUCUGUGGUGAGAUGGCCUACCAGGUGGUGGAGAAGAGCGUGGCCCUGGGCGCCUUGGAGUCGGAGCUGCAGGAGCUGCAAAGCAGGCUGGCAACCCUGAAGGUCCGCGUGGCGCAGCUGCGAGAGGCACGGGCGCAGCAGGCCCAGCAGGUGGAAGAGCGGCGGGCGCAGAACGCUGUGCAGCGGGCAGCCUACGAGGCGCUGCGCGCGCACGUCGGGCUCCGGGAGGCGGCACUGCGCAGGCUCCAGGAGGAGGCGCGCGACCUGCUGGAGAGGCUCGUGCAGCGCAAGGCGCGCGCCGCAGCUGAGCGCAACCUGCGCAACGAGCGCCGGGAGCGGGCCAAGCAGGCGCGGGUGUCCCAGGAGCUGAAGAAGGCUGCCAAGCGGACCGUGAGCAUCAGCGAGGGUCCGGACACUGUAGGCGAUGGGAUGAGGGAGAGAACCGAGACUCUGGCUCUAGCCCCUGAGCCAGAGCCCCUGGAGAAUGAAGCUUGUGAGAAGUGGAAGAGGCCCUUCAGGUCUGCCUCAGCCACCUCCCUGACGCUGUCCCACUGUGCGGAUGUGGUGAAGGGGCUUCUGGAUUUUAAGAAGAGGAGAGGUCACUCAAUUGGGGGAGCCCCUGAGCAGCGAUACCAGAUCAUCCCUGUAUGUGUGGCCACCCGACUUCCUACCCAGGCUCAGGAUGUGCUGGAUGCCCACCUCUCUGAGGUCAAUGCUGUUCGUUUUGGCCCCAACAGCAGCCUCCUGGCCACUGGAGGGGCUGACCGCCUGAUCCACCUCUGGAAUGUUGUGGGAAGUCGCCUAGAGGUCAACCAGACCCUGGAGGGAGCUGGUGGCAGCAUCACCAGUGUGGACUUUGACCCCUCGGGCUACCAGGUUUUAGCAGCAACUUACAACCAGGCUGCCCAGCUCUGGAAAGUGGGGGAGGCACAGUCCAAGGAGACACUGUCUGGACACAAAGAUAAGGUGACAGCUGCCAAAUUCAAGCUGACAAGGCACCAGGCAGUGACUGGGAGCCGUGACCGGACAGUGAAGGAGUGGGACCUCGGCCGUGCCUACUGCUCCAGGACCAUCAAUGUCCUUUCCUACUGUAAUGACGUGGUGUGUGGGGACCAUAUCAUCAUUAGUGGCCAUAAUGACCAGAAGAUCCGGUUCUGGGACAGCAGGGGGCCCCACUGCACCCAGGUCAUCCCUGUGCAGGGCCGGGUCACCUCCCUGAGCCUCAGCCACGACCAGCUGCACCUGCUCAGCUGUUCCCGAGACAACACACUCAAGGUCAUCGACCUGCGUGUCAGCAACAUCCGCCAGGUGUUCAGGGCUGAUGGCUUCAAGUGCGGUUCUGACUGGACCAAAGCUGUAUUCAGCCCGGACAGAAGCUAUGCACUGGCAGGCUCCUAUGAUGGGGCCCUUUACAUCUGGGAUGUGGACACCGGGAAACUGGAAAGCAGACUUCAGGGACCCCAUUGCACUGCUGUCAACGCUGUGGCCUGGUGCUACUCCGGGAGCCACGUGGUGAGCGUGGACCAGGGCAGGAAGGUUGUGCUCUGGCACUAGGGCCACGACUUCCCUGCCUGGGCUGGAGCUCUUGCCCGAAGCCUGAAGCUUCCCUCGGCGCCGUGCGGGGGUUGGGGUUGGGACUGAAGAUGGCCUUGGGAUUUAAUGGGGAAGAAGGCCUGGCAGGACCUGGCCUGUUUGUUUAAAAAUGAAGCUAGUUUUUCUUUGUAUUUUUAUCUCUAUCUCCUCACUUUUUCUCCCCAAGUAGAAAAAAAAUGAUAUCUAAA